AUGUCAGGCGCAUUGGAAGAAGCCAAUGUCGAUGGCGGUGGGGGCAAAGUGCUCAAGGACUUGUUCUCCGGCGCUGUCGGCGGUGUUGCACAGGUUCUUAUCGGUCAACCAUUUGACAUCGUCAAAGUUCGCCUCCAAACCACAACUCAAUACAAAGGCGCGCUAGACGCCGCUUCCUCGAUUCUCAAGAAUGAAGGAGCAUCUGCUUUUUACAAGGGAACGCUGACUCCUCUUAUUGGAAUCGGCGCUUGUGUUUCCGUCCAGUUCGGAGCUUUCAACUACGCGAAACGCGCAUUCGAGACUCAGAAUGCCGCCAAACUCAACAAACCACUCUCGGAGAUUGCCAGUGAGCCGAAACCAUUGACCUAUGGUCAAUACUACGCCUCUGGAGCCUUCGCAGGUCUUGCAAACACCAUCUUGUCGAGUCCAAUUGAGCAUGUGAGAAUCAGAUUGCAAACCCAACCUCAUGGCGCUGGAAAAUUAUACUCCGGUCCAUUGGAUUGCAUCUCCAAGCUCUCCCGCUCACCUUCCGUUCCCAUGGGUCUCUACCGCGGAACUUCAGUCACGUUGUUGAGAGAAGCACAAGCCUACGGAUUCUGGUUCCUCACUUUCGAAUACCUGAUGAACAGCGAUGCGAAACGCAACAACAUCAUCCGAAAGGACGUCCCGACUUGGAAAGUCGCUCUCUAUGGCGGAUUGGCGGGAGAAAUGUUGUGGUUGAGCUCGUAUCCUUUCGACAUCAUCAAGUCGAGAAUGCAGACGGAUGGGUUUGGCGAGAAGCAGAGGUAUAAGAGUAUGAGGGAUGCUUUUGCACAGACCUAUCGACAGGAUGGUGCGAUGGGCUUUUGGAGGGGCUUGGGACCGACUUUGUUGAGGGCUAUGCCGGUUAGUGCGGGGACGUUUGUGGUUGUCGAGAUGACUCUGAGGGCUAUUAGCUGA